AUGUAUAUUGAAGAGAUUAUAUUAGAUGGUUUUAAGUCCUAUCAGAGAAGGACUGUAGUUGGGAAGUUUCAUCCUUGCUUCAAUGCAAUAACAGGUCUUAAUGGAAGUGGAAAGUCCAAUAUCCUAGAUUCUAUUUGUUUCGUGCUAGGAAUAACAAAUCUAUCUCAGAUACGUAUUAAUAAACUUGAAGAACUUGUAUAUAAGGCUGGUCAGGCUGGAAUCAACAAGGCAUCUGUCUCAAUUGUAUUUAACAAUAAUAACAAAAGUAACUCUUCACCUCUUUAUAAGGACUAUGAAAAAAUAACUGUUACAAGACAAAUUGCUACAGGAGGAAGAAAUAGGUAUCUUAUUAAUGGAUUAGUUGUAAAGCCAUCUGAUGUUACUAAUUUUUUCCAUUCAGUUCAAUUAAAUGUAAAUAGUUCACACUUUCUCAUAAUGCAAGGACGGAUUACGAAGGUUAUUAAUAUGAAACCUAAGGAGUUACUUUCAAUGAUUGAAGAGGCUGCUGGUACAAGAAUGUAUGAAGCAAAGCGACUGCAAAGCUUGAAAUUAAUUGAGAAAAAAGAUAGUAAACUAGCAGAAAUAAGUCACUUACUGGAAGAUGAUAUAAUACCAAAACUGGAGAGGUUAAAAAAGGAAAAGGCUGAUUAUUUAAAAUGGACAAAUAUAAAUGAAGAAAUAGAAAUGUAUGAGCGUAUAUUAAAGUUACAUAAAUACCUUCAAAUAUGUAAGGAAGUUGAGGAAAGUGAAGUUAAGGUUAUUGAGAUACGGGUACAAAAGGAGAGUUGUGAACAAGAAAUAAACAUGCUGAUUGAUAGAAUAAACCAAUUAGAAAAGGUUGUGCAUGAAGAAGAAAAUAAAAUUGCUUUGGAGUGGUCAAAGCCACUAAAGGAAUGUAGGGAUAAGAUAUCUGAAGCCGAAUCUAAUGUUAGUAAGACCCAACUACAACUUAACGAGAUAAUGACUGAUUUAGGUGAAGAAGAAGCAAAUUUAAAGGAUAUGUUGGUCCAAAAAGCAGAACUUGAAAAUAAAGUGCAGAGUUCUGCACAACAAUGUGGUAGGUCUCAGUCUGGCAGUUUUGAAGAUGUUGACAAUGAAUUAAAUAAUUUAAAGGUGAAGUUAUCAAAUGCAAAACGCAAGCUGCAAGCUUUACAGACUGGCUGUGACAUGAGUUUAGAUUAUAAAGAACAAAAAUCAUUAAGGCAAGCUCUAUUCGAUGUUCAAAAGGAACUUUCUGAUAUAAAAGUAAAGGAAAAUAAAUUUACACUACUUAUUAUAGAGAAUGAAAAGUCCUUGUCAUCACUCAAACUGAAGAUUGCAAAAAGGACUAAUAAUGGUAAGUCUUCGGUAGAUAAACUUCGAGAUGAAUACAAGGAAUUACAAAAUUCAAUUUAUAAGUUUGAAGGUGAUUUAUUGGAAUUAAAAAAAGAUGCAGAAUUGUAUGAGAAGUUGAGUCUAGAUAAAAAAAAACUUGAAAUUGAAAAUGACUCCCUUGAACAGCAAUUACAACCUUUGGAGAUGUUUAUUAGGUCAUUUCAGUGUAUUUACAACGCCGAAAGUAAUCCCAAACUAGCAGUUCAAGCACAUGCUAAUAGUAUAGAGUCCUUAUUAGAUCCAUCUAUAAAACCUACAAAAACGAGUGUGAAGGGGUGUGUAUUUGAAUUAUUAAAGCUAAGAGAUCAAAAGUAUGCUACUGCUUUAGAAGUAGCAGCUGGGGGAAGGCUAUAUAAUAUGAUUGUUGAAACAAGUGAAGAUGGAAAACAACUAUUGAAUAGUGGUUUUCUUAAAAAAAGAACAACAUUGAUACCUUUAGACAAGAUCAUUGAUCCAUCAAUAUCUAAGAAAACCAUAGAUGAAGCAAGGAAACUGGCGCAGUGUACUGAUGACAACGAUCUUAGAGUUAUAAGUUCUUUAGAUAUUCUGGAGUAUGACGCAGAAUAUUCAGCAGCAAUUAAAUACUGCUUUGGGCAUACUUUGAUAUGUGAAGAUGAACAACUUGCAAAAUUAAUUACGUUUCACCCAAAUAUAAGUGUCAGAACAGUUACUAUGAAAGGUGAUAUAUAUGAUCCAAGUGGUACUCUAUCAGGGGGAACAGUGUCACAAUCUCAAAGAAGCAUCUUGAUAUCAUUUCAGAAGUAUAUUGAAUUAAAGAUACAACUAGUCAAGAAUAAUUUUUCAAUAAAUGAUAUUAAGAAAAAGUUGAGUACAAAUUUAGGUAAAUCUGCAGAUUCAUACAGACACUGUCAGAGACAGCUGGAUAUUAAUAAACACCAAUUGGCACUAUUAGAGGAGAAGCUGUCGAAAUAUAAGGAAGAGUCUUUUGAAGAAAUGAUUGAUGAGUUAAUAAGGCAGAAAGAUGAUUAUCAUAAAGAAAUAGCGAAGUUAAAGGAGAAUCAGAGUACCUUACAAAAAGAUGCAGAGCGACUAGAGAAUGAGAUAAAUGUGUUUGAAACAACUAGGGAAGUACGCGAAAAUAGUCUGGAAAAGGAUAUUGAGAAAUACAAAGAAGAUAUCAAGUCAUUAUCAGCUGUUCAUGAAAAAUUGAAGAAUGAAACAUCAUCAUCACGUAUAGAACUUGAAGCAGCUAAGGCAGAAAUAAAGCUUAUCAAUUCUACAGUUGAAAUGAAAGAAAUUAGUGUAGCUAAAUUAAAAGAAAAGACUUUAGAAUAUGAAAAAAUAUUGGAGUCUUACAAAGUAGAUCUUAAAGAAAAAGAAAAGGUUUUGAAGUCUUUACAAAAUGAAAUGGAGUCGAGUAGUAGUUGUAUAAGGGAUACUAAGAAUGAGAUUAAAAGAGUAAAUAAGUUGAUAUUAAGGAAGGAAGUGGAUCUGAAGAAGAUUAGCCAUGAUUUUAUGUCAAUUAAUGAUAAAUAUUCUCAUAAAUUGAAAGUUAAGGAUUCCUUAAUUAAGAAGCAUGAGUGGCUCCGAAAUGGAGUAGAAGACUUAUACAAUCUUGAGAAGUAUCCCUAUAAUUUGUGUAUUCAGAAAUUAGAAGAACUAGAUAAACUCCAAAAUACUUUAUCACAAAAUAUUAAUAGGCGUAUUUUAAACUUGUAUGAAAGAGCUAAUUCAGAAUGUACAGAAUUAAUUAAUAAGAGAGAUAUUGUAAUGAAGGACAAGGAGAAGAUUGCAGAUGUAAUCAGUGAUCUUGAUCUUAAGAAAAGACAGGCUAUGGAAAAUACAUGGAGAACUGUGAAUACUUCUUUUGGAUCGAUAUUUUCAACAUUGUUACCAAAUGCAAAUGCCGAACUAAUUGCAGUAAUAAACCCAGAGACAAAUAAAGAAGACUUUUAUGAGGGACUUGAAUUUAGAGUUAGCCUUGGUGGGAUCUGGAAAAAAAGUUUGAGUGAAUUAAGUGGUGGUCAGAGGUCAUUACUAGCAUUAUCAUUAAUAUUAGCCAUGUUAAGAUUUAAACCAGCACCUGUUUAUAUUCUUGAUGAAAUUGAUUCUGCACUAGAUUUAGGACAUACGCAAAAUAUUGGUUAUAUGAUUAAAGAACACUUCCCUAAUUCUCAAUUCAUUAUUGUAUCUCUUAAAGAGGGAAUGUUCAAUAAGGCAAAUGUCUUAUUCAGGACUGAAUUAGUUCAUGGAGUGUCCUCAAUACAUAGAUUCGAGAAUUGGGAUGGAAAUGAAGAUGAGAAUCAGCCCCCCGAAAAGUUGCAUAAAAGAACUACUAAGGAGAAAGAGCUUAGAAAUUAG